AUGUCGCGAAGUCAACGAGAGUUGUCGAUUGCACAUCGUAGAAGAAGACGCCAUAUUGCUCCUAUUCGUAAUAACGAUAAUGAUUUGGUUGGCAUUCCUUGGAAAGAAGAGAGAGAUAUUCGCAAAGCUAUCUAUCAUUCACUUCGUGAACAUCAAAGUCAUGAAACGCCUGAUCGACGCCCCAGACUAACUAAAGUUAAUUCUCCAUCCAAACCGGGGAGGAAUCUUAAAGCAACUUCUAGAAAGGCGCCUGUUGCUUCGACUGCUAGGAGAGCAAAAGCUAUUAGUAAGACCAAAGCAAUUAAGGCGUCUGAAAAGUGCAAUAAAUCAGCGGUUGUGGCUGACGAAGAAGACACAGAUGCUGGCAUUUCAAAGAGCCCACAUCCACGUCAAUCUCGCCCGUUGCCUGGUGACUUGUCGCAUCAAUUCCUUUUCGCUUCCUCCUACUCUCGCUCCUUCGCUCUACUCUCUUCGCGCGCUGCAUCCCGAGCGGCUCGAAGGACCCUGGCUCGAGCCGCCGCAGCCAACGCCACUGUAAAUCCGACCGAUGCCACUCCAGAGAAAUCCACUCCUAUUCCUCAACGUCGACGUCGUGGCCGACCACUGUCUAGCAAUAGUCCCGCUAAAUCCCAAAAUAGUCGGUCACCGAAGAUCACUAAGCAGUCAGUGGCAAACAGAAAAGGCUCUUCUCCACGAAGAGGGAGAAAGGCGGGAGCUAAUGGGGACUUCAUGGAAGUCUUAGUCGAGGAUGAUGAUGGCAAAAUUGUACCCCAGAUCUUUCGGAGGAAUUCUAACGGCAAAACCACGCCGGUAAAAUCCCAACCACAGAAAUUGCCCUCCCCCCAUCGUAAUGGAGUAGGCAGACCAACUCUUUCGUCGUCCCGACAACAGCAGGGUUUGUCCACAGCCACUUUCCCCGAAAAAUGGCAGGAUAGUCGGGGCCAGCCUGUCAAUGUACAAGAUUUUGUUGACUUUCUCUGCUCCUACGGUACCCCAUGCAUGGACCAGAGGCUGGCUUGGUUUAUGAAUGCUCCAGGUCAUCGAUGUUCUACAGCAUUGAAUGGUGGUGGAAGUGCGCGUUCACCAAACAGGACGUCCAGCACUACUCGUAGGGGUACUGUUCGUGUCUUUCCUUCCUGCUCUUCACCGAAGAUCUCUGCCAGACCGGUUGUUGCUCCUCAACAGAAUCACAAGGCUCUGGUACUCCCUGUUGCGCGCAAAUCAGUGUCGAACUGGCCGGUCCAACAUCCGGAGGAUAAUGACGAUCAGUCUCCGGAAAGGCGACUUGCAAAUAAUGAUGAGGCUGCCGAAGCGACCAAUGAGGAUACUUCAGAAUUCGUAAAGCUGAGGAAAUCAAAAUCAUCUCCCGUCAUCGUCGAUAAUGAUGUUGCGAAUGGAGUUCUUACGAGGAAACGAAGAACUGCCGUGAUGAAGCAGAACAAGAAAGUCAUGGAGACUGUAAAGAGGAACAAGAAACAGGAGCUCAAACCAAAGUCAAGAAGUUUGAAUAAGAAGUCACCUCUCAAAUCUAAGACGAGAAAAUCCAUCCCAGAAAAACCAUUAUCCUCAUCACUACCAACGACGACGACAACAUCAAAUCGGUCAUCAUUUCCUUCUCCCCUCUAUAGAUCCGGGCUUCGAUCACAAGCUCUACUGAGAACUAGACGUCAACAAAGGCUGCGUCGAUAA